AUCAAUAGCUCAUAUUGCAGAUGGAUCAAUACAUAAAAUGUUUUCUUCUAGCUUGCAGUCUAUGUGUAUGUACCACUUUUUUUUGGUUUUCAGGAAUGCCAAAUGAUUUUGGGACCAAGAUAUUGUUCAAUUAUCAAAGUGGAGGAUUAUUACAUUGGAAGAAAACAGAAAAUGUUACACAGACAAUGAAAACACUUUUUCAAAAUUCUACUAUGGACUUAGAAGACGAGAAUGUUGGAGAAGAAAUGAACCAGACAUCAUACAAAUAUCAUCUCAGCAAUGAGUUUAAGCAGUUUAAACCAAACAGAUCUCCAAUCAGAUUGCUUUGUCUCAUUCUAACCAGGCCAGCUACAUUAAGCACAAAAGCACAAGCAGUAUAUGAUACAUGGGGAAGUCGAUGCACUUUUUUGUACUUUUUAAGCACAAAGUCAGACCUGGGAGAUUUUGGUUUACCAGUCCUUCAUAAUCCAGCUAAGGAGACCUACGCUAACCUAUGGUCUAAAACAAAGUUUGGAUUUAAGUUUGCUUAUAAACAUCAUAUAGAUCAGAUUGAUUGGAUUCUGAAGGCGGAUGAUGAUACUUAUGUAAUAAUGGAAAAUCUUCAUGCAAUGCUUGCUCUAUAUGACCCUGAUAUCCCAACCUUGUUCGGUGCUCACUAUAAUAAAAUAGUACCAGGGGGAACAGUGAGCGGAGGGGCAGGAUAUCUUCUUUCCAGGUAGAAAAUACUAAUCAAAGAUUUUAAAAGACG